AUGGAUAUCAUGAUGGAGGCCCCACAAGACUGCACAUUUGCCUUCACGAAUGGAUCCUGCUUGACUAAUCCAGGCCCGACCGGUGCAGGAGCAGUCCUGUAUCCCCCAGGAGGUGACACAAUCAGGCUGAAAAGAGUGGUCACAAAACAUGGUACAAUCCUGUUAGCUGAGCUGGUCGCAGUACUAAUGGUUCUGGAGGAAAUUCUACAACAUCCUCACCUAACACCCGGUAACACAAUCCAAAUCUUCAGUGACAGCCAGACAGUGGUAGGCAUCUUAACCAUGGGCUGGAAAAACAACGGCCAUAAGAGUGUGAUUGAGGAAAUCAAGAAGGCACUAAGGACACUAUCUGUGACCACAACAGUGCAUGUCCUUUGGACACCCGGCCACGCAGGUCUGCAGGGCAAUGAAGAUGGAGCAGAAGAGGCCGAUGCAAUGCCCGAAGACUCCAGGACGACCACAAUCCAAGAAGUGAAAGGAGCAAGCCAUAAGUCCUGCAUGAUUAAGUGGCAAAAACGUUGGGAGAACUUAUCUACCGGUAGGACUUUCUAUGAGUUCUUUCCAUCAGUCGAGCAAAAGCGACAUCUUGACCACCCAGAUAAGGCAACAUAUGGCGUGAUCCUGCAGCUACAGACGGGGUAUUCAAUCCUUAAUGCACAUCGCAACAGGGUUUGCAUCAAUGUCUCACCACUGUGCGAGUGUGGAGCAUUACCUCCUGGAAUGCUGCAUCCAUGA